AUGUUGGUGCAUCCGAGAGCUGCGGAGAGCGGCAUGGGUCAUGAUCAGCUGCACGGGUUGAAUAGGACUCGGAGCGAUCCGACGGCGAGUGCGGAGGGCAAGAUUUUGAGUCUGAGUUCGCGACCGUCGCUGAACGCGAGUUCUGGUCCGAAGGUGAGGGAGAUUCAUCUGUCGAGCCAAGAGGGAGACAGGUUUGCGAUUCCCAUCGUCAUUGCCGAACAGCUGUCGUCGAAACUCCGAGAGCACAUCGCGACGGUGGAGAGCGAGUGUGCAAGCAUGGGGCGCUAUGAGUCCCUCGAGUACUGCAAACGCCAAUCGCUUGAGAUUCCGUGCUCCACCGAAGUCCUGAAAACUCUCGUCGAAUUCUUCACGGCAAAGCUCCAGUUGGACGUGAAACUGUCCCAGGAAAAGGCGUACAUGAGCAUCGAGCAGCAGCAAGAGUACUGGAGAGAUUACUUCUACAUCCGCAUUGCAUGGAAAAUGGACCUCGACAUUUUUGCCGAUGAAACUCUCCAGGUUGCCGAAUUUCUGAGUAUGACAAGCCUGUAUGAUCUUCUCUGGUGUUGCUUUCGCGUGCGCGCGAUGAGCAGAUUUGAUUACGAAGCCAUGGAAGUUUACAUGGAUUAG